GAGCCUAAUUUUCUGGGCUAUUAUUGGGUAUUUUUACGAGCAUUUAUGGGUCCUUGGAGCUGUUCUAAACACAAAACACUGUUACCUUAUGGAGUGAUCAAAGUGUCAUUUCCUCGAACACUUGGUGUGCGCAAUGAAAGGAAGCAAGGCCAAUCUCUCUUCACUAGCGGAGAAAUGCAAAACUAUAAUCGUUUCGAACUGGCAAGGGUACCUAAAUACCAUCAAACCCGAAGAUAAAGCAAGUAUAAUACAUACAUCAAAGGUUAAGUACGUGCUGAGACGUGGAAAGCCUUAUCUCUGGGUUCCAGAAAGCGAACCGCACAAUGUCAACAUAAUGUUUGAUGAACGUGGAUCCUUUUCUAUUGCUCAUCCGUGUCCUCGUCCCCUUGCUCCUUUGUUAAAGUUAAUAGGAAAGCUUCCGAACCGGGUUGCUAUUACCGGAGAAAUCAUCCCUGUCAAAGAGAAAAGGAUUGAGGCGGUGAAUAAAUAUGUCGAGGAUGCUAUACAAACAGAGAUGCGAGCGAUUAGCAACUUCCCAAACUCAGUCUGCAGUAUCUUCAAUUCUUCCAACCAGAUGUAUGCCUCCCGAUGCGAGAGUCUUAAAGCACUGGUCGAUGGUGGAAAUGAGAAAUACGUUAUUUAUAAGUUUGUUCCCAGCUCAUGUAUGCUUAUUGACCCGAAUGGUGACAAGAAAGAAAUAGACUUGAAGGUUUUGGAACUGUCAAAAGCAGAUCCUCUAGGGGUUUGGUCUACAAAACUUGUGGAUGGAAUCAAUAAGAACGAAUCGAGAAGAAGGGCUUUGAUUCUUUUCUGUUUAUACUAUCUCGAUAUAAACGCCAGGGAUGCUUAUAUGGUAUCUGUGGAUAAGAAAGGUUUCGACUUGUUGGGAAAGGUACCGAGUGAAGAAGCAGCUGGAGAUGAGUAUCAAUGGAGAGAGUUUAGGUUUGAGUUCGAAGAAGAGGUGAAAGACGUUGAAGCAUUUUGCCAUCAGCUUGUGGGAAUGGAACAAGAGGUUGUGAACAAGUUCACUAACCAUACUGGUUUGUGAUUUUCAAUUGUUUUGUCAAGAAUCACGAUUCAAAAAAAAACGAAACAUAUUAUUAUCACUCUUGUUCUUGCCUGAAUCUAUCAAAUGGAAAAAAAAUCACUUUAAUAUAAGAAUAUGAAAGUUCUUCCAUCUAUUUGUA